CAUCUUGGUGCAGUACCCCCUGAAAGCGGAGACUUCCAUGAAAUGGUAUGCCAAGCCUGCAUGAAUCACUGCCAUUUCCUGUGGGCCUAUGCGUCGCAAUUAGCAGUUCCUGCUUUGACCAAAGUGAGCUCCCUUGAAGAUGAAGGGAUUAUCCUGAAGGUUGAGGAAAGUGAAGAGCAAAAAAAAGAGAUAAAAAAAGAAAGUGGAAUGGAACACCAGGAAACGAAGGAGGAAAAGCAGAUGGAGCAGUUUAAUGAACCGUCUACUAGCUCUGGAUCUGCUUGUCCAGAGGUGGUUACUAAGAGUGAGGAGCCAGUCUGCAAACUGAAAGAACUCCAAAGCAAGGAAUUUUUAAAAAAAGAUACUGCCACCUUUUGGCCGUCGAACUGGAGAAGCAAAUUAUGCACCUGUGAAGACUGUUUGAAAAUGUAUUCGGAGCUUGAAGUCCAGUUCCUGACAGAUGAAUGCGACACUGUCUUGGCUUAUGAAAAUAAAGGUACCAGUGACCAAGAGACAGAGAGGAGAGAUCCUUUAAUGGACACCCUUAACAGCAUGAACAGAGUCCAGCAAGUGGAACUCAUCUGUGAAUACAAUGAUUUAAAGACAGAACUGACUGACUAUCUCAGGAGAUUUGCAGAUGAGGGAACGGUGGUUAAAAGAGAAGACAUUCAGCACUUCUUUGAAGAAUUUCAGUCACGGAAAAGACGACGGACUAACAGGAUGCAGUACUACUGUAGUUAGACUGAGAGAACUGGGAAAACAAAACAGUACUCACUGACAAACAGAAGAGGCAUCUUCAGUAUUUGGCUUCUCAUCAAAAUCCAACUGUCCAAGAAAGGUCUCCAUUUUGUCUCAUACUUCUUUUAUUUGUAGCAACUAAAAUGUGUUCUUAACAGGAACAUUGCAUUU